AUGAGGGUUGAUACAGGUUUGAAAGCGGUGUCUAAUACCUUUUUCAUUGUUGUUUUUCUAGCUGCAACUUCUGUAGAAACUACUUUGGACACUACUCCUAAGACAACAGUUGAAACAACUGUUCCUUCAACAGAUAUAACAUCAGCAGAAACUACUAUUGCAACCACCCAAGAAACAACUUUGGAAACAACACCUACUACAAAAGCUGAAACUUCUAUAGGAACCACAUUGGCCUCUACUCCUGACACAACUGCUGAAACAACUGUACUUUCAACAGAAACAACAUCAGCAGAAACUACUGUUGCCUCCACUGCAGAAACAACUAUUGAAAGAACAUCUAUUACUACAGCUGCAACUUCUGUAGAAACUACUUUGGACACUACUCCUGAGACAACAGUUGAAACAACUGUUCCUUCAACAGAUAUAACAUCAGCAGAAACUACUAUUGCAACCACCCAAGAAACAACUUUGGAAACAACACCUACUACAACAGCUGAAACUUCUAUAGGAACCACACUGGCCUCUACUCCUGACACAACUGCUGAAACAACUGUUCUUUCAACAGAAACAACAUCAGCAGAAACUACUGUUGCCUCCACUGCAGAAACAACUAUUGAAAGAACAUCUAUUACUACAGCUGCAACUUCUGUAGAAACUACUUUGGACACUACUCCUGAGACAACAGUUGAAACAACUGUUCCUUCAACAGAUAUAACAUCAGCAGAAACUACUAUUGCAACCACCCAAGAAACAACUUUGGAAACAACACCUACUACAACAGCUGAAACUUCUAUAGGAACCACACUGGCCUCUACUCCUGACACAACUGCUGAAACAACUGUUCUUUCAACAGAAACAACAUCAGCAGAAACUACUGUUGCCUCCACUGCAGAAACAACUAUUGAAAGAACAUCUAUUACUACAGCUGCAACUUCUGUAGAAACUACUUUGGACACUACUCCUGAGACAACAGUUGAAACAACUGUUCCUUCAACAGAUAUAACAUCAGCAGAAACUACUAUUGCAACCACCCAAGAAACAACUUUGGAAACAACACCUACUACAACAGCUGAAACUUCUAUAGGAACCACACUGGCCUCUACUCCUGACACAACUGCUGAAACAACUGUUCUUUCAACAGAAACAACAUCAGCAGAAACUACUGUUGCCUCCACUGCAGAAACAACUAUUGAAAGAACAUCUAUUACUACAGCUGCAACUUCUGUAGAAACUACUUUGGACACUACUCCUGAGACAACAGUUGAAACAACUGUUCCUUCAACAGAUAUAACAUCAGCAGAAACUACUAUUGCAACCACCCAAGAAACAACUUUGGAAACAACACCUACUACAACAGCUGAAACUUCUAUAGGAACCACACUGGCCUCUACUCCUGACACAACUGCUGAAACAACUGUUCUUUCAACAGAAACAACAUCAGCAGAAACUACUGUUGUCUCCACUGCAGAAACAACUAUUGAAAGAACAUCUAUUACUACAGCUGCAACUUCUGUAGAAACUACUUUGGACACUACUCCUGAGACAACAGUUGAAACAACUGUUCCUUCAACAGAUAUAACAUCAGCAGAAACUACUAUUGCAACCACCCAAGAAACAACUUUGGAAACAACACCUACUACAACAGCUGAAACUUCUAUAGGAACCACACUGGCCUCUACUCCUGACACAACUGCUGAAACAACUGUUCUUUCAACAGCUGCAACUUCUGUAGAAACUACUUUGGACACUACUCCUGAGACAACAGUUGAAACAACUGUUCCUUCAACAGAUAUAACAUCAGCAGAAACUACUAUUGCAACCACCCAAGAAACAACUUUGGAAACAACACCUACUACAACAGCUGAAACUUCUAUAGGAACCACACUGGCCUCUACUCCUGACACAACUGCUGAAACAACUGUUCUUUCAACAGAAACAACAUCAGCAGAGACUACUGUUGUCUCCACUGCAGAAACAACUAUUGAAAGAACAUCUAUUACUACAGCUGCAACUUCUGUAGAAACUACUUUGGACACUACUCCUGAGACAACAGUUGAAACAACUGUUCCUUCAACAGAUAUAACAUCAGCAGAAACUACUAUUGCAACCACCCAAGAAACAACUUUGGAAACAACACCUACUACAACAGCUGAAACUUCUAUAGGAACCACACUGGCCUCUACUCCUGACACAACUGCUGAAACAACUGUUCUUUCAACAGAAACAACAUCAGCAGAGACUACUGUUGUCUCCACUGCAGAAACAACUAUUGAAAGAACAUCUAUUACUACAGCUGCAACUUCUGUAGAAACUACUUUGGACACUACUCCUGAGACAACAGUUGAAACAACUGUUCCUUCAACAGAUAUAACAUCAGCAGAAACUACUAUUGCAACCACCCAAGAAACAACUUUGGAAACAACACCUACUACAACAGCUGAAACUUCUGUAGGAACCACACUGGCCUCUACUCCUGACACAGCUGUUGAAACAACUGUUAUUUCAACAGAAACAACAUCAGCAGAAAGUACUGUUGCCUCCACUGAAGAAACAACUAUUGAAAGAACAUCUACUACUACAGCUGCAACCUCUGUAGAAACUACAUUGGACACUACUCCUGUGACAACCAUUAAAACAACUGUUCCUUCAACAGAUAUAACAUCAGCAGAAACUACUAUUGCAACCACUCAAGAAACAACUUUGGAAACAACACCUACUACAACAGCUGAAACUUCUGUAGGAACCACACUGGCCUCUACUCCUGACACAACUGUUGAAACAACUGUUAUUUCAACAGAAACAACAUCAGCAGAAACUACUGUUGCCUCCACUGAAGAAACAACUAUUGAAAGAACAUCUACUACUACAGAUAUAACAUCAGCAGAAACUACUAUUGCAACCACUCAAGAAACAACUUUGGAAACAACACCUACUACAACAGCCGCAACUUCUAUAAAAACUACUUUGGCCACUACUCCUGAGAAAACUGUUGAAACAACUGUUCCUUCAACAGGUAGAACAUCAGCAGAAACUACUAUUUCAUCCACUAAAGAAACAACUAUGGAAACAACACCUACUAUAACAGAAACUACAUUGGCCACUACUCCUGACACAACUGUUGAGACAACUGUUCCUUCAACAGCUGCACCUUCUACAGAAACUACUCUGGCCAUUAUUCCUGAGACAACUGUUAAGACAACUGUUCCUUCAACAGAUGCAACUUCUAUAGAAACUACUUUGGCCUCUACUCUUGAGACAACUGCUCCUUCAACAGAAAUAACAUCAGCAGAAACUACUACUGCAUUCACUCAAGAAACAACUAUUGAAACAACAUCUAUUACAACAGAUUCAACUACUUUUGUCACAAGUACUACAACAUCUACAACACUUACAACUGCAGAAUCAACCACAGAAAAAACAACAGUUCUGACUACAGAAUUAGAUUUCACUACACAACUAGCAACCACUCAGUUACAGCAACCAUGACCAUGUAAUGGAAGAAGGACUGAUGGCAUUUUAGUAACAGGUUCCACGUUAUAUUAACCUCAGAUAAAUGAAAAGGACAACAAGAAAGAAGAUUCUGAAGAAAAGGCAACGAACUGCCAAAAGUCAACUUUUAAGCAAUUCAUGGAUCUUUGAAAACCCAGUAAAAUUAAAUAUUGUGUAAUCUGAAAAAGAGGAUGUAUGUAACACUGGAUAUUAUCAGUGGAACUGUGUAUGGUUUACAUUAAUUGACAUGGUACUGUUAUUUAAGACUUUGAAUGUUUUGUGAGAAUUGAGUAUUUUGCACUGAACUCUUGAAAUGUAAAAAAUGUAUAUUUCUCUUCUUGUGUAGAUUUUAAGCAA